UCUAGCUUUUAAACCCUACACGUGGUUACGGGUGACUGACUGGUUGUCGAAACGGCGCGCGACCCGGUAGGUUAUCUAACUAAACGCCGGGCUCAAGUCGACAAAUUGUAAACACUCCAAAAAUGGCUGUUUGUUUCAGAAUUUCAUCAUGUGGGAAACUGUUGGCAGGCUCAAAGCAAUGGAUGCAAGCAGGCUGGGUUCCUGCUGUAAUGGGAUCAACUUCAGCCCAGAAAACUGCCAACCAGAUGGAUCGAUACUGGAAGAAGAAUCGCCAGCUUAACCGGCCACUCUCACCCCAUCUCAGCAUAUACAAAUACGAUGUGCCAAUGGUCUUGUCAAUAUCAAACAGAAUUACUGCUAGUGCUGUCACCAUAGCAUUCUACCUGGGCCCACUUGUGUACCUGUUUGGGGGUAAGGACUUUGCAGGCUACUACGCGAUGAUGCAAUCAUGGGGGCCCCUGGGACACACCCUAAUCGGGACCACUAAAUUCUCACUCGCUUUCUGCUUUAGUUACCACUUCUGUGCCAGCAUCAGGCAUUUUAUAUGGGAUAUUGGUCAGGGUUACGCUAAGCUGCAGGUGUACCAGUCUGGAUACGCCAUGUUGGUGGUUACGCUCCUGAUGACUGCCGGGCUCAUGUACCUUUAGACUGAAUCCAGGAUAAAUUGAGCAAUUAACAUCAAACUGACCACUUUUUUAGAUAGUCAAACAAUUCAUCAACAAGAAUAAAGACUUAACAGUUUGAAUACAUGUACAUUGCCGAAAUAGGUUGGUUUCGAGACUUUUGGUAGGUCAUCAAUCAAAACCUGUUCAACACAGAAUGUAUCCGUCAGAGGUUCAUGGCAUUAUCUUGUUGGUAAAUAUCAUGCAACAUGACAUUGUGUCUCCAUCAGGAAGAUUUUAUUUAUUCUCUGAAAACUAGUUGAUUUAAUUGAUAAAAAGCAUAUAUGUUUAUAGUUGUGUACAGAGCAUCAACUUAAAAGUAAAAAUAGCUACCAUGUACUUUAUGUGUACUUAUCCAGACAAAUGCAAUUACAACCUUACACUAUGGAAAUCAUGCAUGCCCUAAUAGAUACACCGGGGUCUUUUUGUGGAUCUAUUUUUCGAUUUUCUGACAUGAGCGUUAAACUUAACAUAAACUUAAUUUGGAUGAGCUUUGAUAAUGUGAUUGUAGUUGUACCGUAAUGGUUGAAACUUCACAUAUCAUCUCGUGAUAAUAACUACGGUACAUCAUGUUCAACCAGUGAUUAAUUACUGUUGAUUUCUUGUUGUGUUUAUUUAUUUAUUUUUUAUAUAUUAUUGGCAGCAUAUAUAUGUACAUACCAGUUGAUAUUAAGAAUGAAUGUGGAGUUUGGGUUUAAAAGCACAUAUAUUUUUAAGUCUCAAUAUAUUCCACAAGCUUUCAUCUAUUUAUUUUUCAAUGUUUAACUUUUUUAUUACAGCCUGCGUAUGCCUCUGGACUAGAUUUAUUCAGUCAGAAGGGCACUUCCUGCUUCCUACUGUGUCAAAUUAAUAUAAUUGUAGUUUUGUAUGUAAUUAAAAGCCCAUUACCUCAGCAUGUGAAUUUGUCAAUAAUAUCUAUAGACAUAAUCACAGACAUAAAUGUGUAAAAAGUCAAGCUCAAACUGUUGAAUACUAUGUUGAUCUCUUUUGUCUUAAUAAGUUUAAACUGUGAAGCAAUUUAAGAAAACCAGGCCACUGGUAAAAAAUGAAGUAACACAAGAAAUCUUGUGUUUUUUCAACAUGCUGAUUUGUAAAGCAUUACAGACCUAUUCACUUUUCAGUCUCUUAGUAAACUAACAGUAUACAUAAAACCACACUUAGGCUUAAAAAAUCAGUGCAUUGAAAUAAAAAAAGGGAUUUCUUUGGUGAAGUCAUUUCUCCUGUGGCCUGGUGUGCAUAGAUUGCUUCACAAUUUAUACCAUGACAUAGUGAUUUAGAAGACAAUCUAGUCCUUGUAUUAUGAAUAUGUACCAAUUUGAAAGUGUUUGUUAUACAAGUAUGCAAUUCCUGUUUUGUUCAGUCAAGUUCUGUGUUGUAUUCAGAGUCAGUAUUAUUAGUUUAUGGUUUUCAAAAUAAAAUUUGGCUGAAAUAAA